AUGCCGCCCAUAGAUGCUUUUGAUACACACGAUGGCCACCUCCCUCAUGGGAUCUGCACGUCUUCAUAUCCCGGUGGGACGGUCAGCAAGCCGCGCAAGAAGCUGCAGGUGAUUGUUUGUGUGCUCUUCGUGGAGCUUUUUGAGAGGUUCACCUUCUUUGGGAUUGUUUGCAAUAUGAUCCUUUUCUGCACCAUCAAGCUGGGAUACAGCAGUUACCAAGCAGCCAUGGUGAACACAUGCUUUGUGGGAGCCAGCGUACUUACACCGGUUCUUGUGGGAUGGUUUGCUGAGACGUGUUUGGGAAGGACAACAGUUCUCUGUUUUUGUGCACUCCUUCAUUUCUUCGGAACUGCCUUGCUUCCUGUGGUCGCAUUCCCUUUUGAGGAUUUCUAUAUAAACACACAUAAUAUUGUGCAUCGACUUGAGCCUCAUGAGCAACACAUACUAUUUUACACGGGGCUUGUUGCUGUGGCCCUUGGCAUUGGUGGCAUCCGUGCCAUCCUCUGCCCAAUGGCAGCCUAUCACCUUCAAGGCUGUGAUCGACACCAGCUCCUGUCUUUCUUCAACUGGUUUUACUGGCUGGUCAACCUGAACUCAACUGUUGUUUUUUUGGGGAUUGCCUACAUUCAGCAGUCAGUUGCCAAAAACCUGUGUUUUCUCAUCCCUUUCACCUCUGUUCUGCUCGCCCUCAUCGCCAUUCACAUGGUGCGCAACAAGCUCACUUUCCGUCCAAAAAAAGGCAGUUCCUUGCUAACUACGCUGGGAGUGUUCCUCAAUUCUCUGAAAAUGUGCUGCCUCCAUUAUCGCCAUUUAAGCGGAGAUGUUGCCAACUGGCUAGACCGUGCUAAGGAAAACAAUGGGGGUCGUUACAGUGAGACCAGUGUGGAAAACGUCAAGAUCCUAGUCAAACUGUUCCCUCUCUUUGGACUUCAGCUUUUAUAUCGAGCUUGCAUUACCCAGAUCCCAUCAGGCUAUUAUCUACAGACGAUGCAUUCCAACUUAAAACUCAACGGCUUUCUCCUGCCAGUAGCAGUGAUGAAGGUCAUCAGUAUACUGCCGGUGCUGAUCUUAGCACCACUGCUGGAGCUUCUGAACACCUGCUACCA